UGUGUAAGUUGGGCAGGUAAAAAUCAAAGUCAAACAAACGAAUUUCUUUUUUUAUUCGAAUUCGAGGUGUGGUGUUGAGUUGUCAGUUGUUGAGCGUUGUUUACGAUGGCGCAUAUAAUUUUCGAAUAUUUAACGCUUCUUUUGUCCAUAUCUACUAUCGUGAAUGGUCAGCGCACUCCGACUAUCUCGCACAUAACUCAAGAACAGAUAAGGGAUAUCGGCAGUCAGGUUGACCUGGACUGCUCAGUUCACUACGCCCAAGAUUAUCCAGUGCUAUGGGUGAAAUAUGAUCGCCACAGAACAACUGAGGCGCUUCCACUGUCAACAAACUCUGGGCUGAUCAUCAGGGAUUCCCGGUUCUCUCUGAGAUAUGAUGCUGCCUCUGCUACGUACACACUGUCGGUCAAGGACAUCCAAGAGACCGACGCCGGCUGGUACCAGUGCCAGGUACUGAUCUCCGUCAGCAACCGCAUCACGGCCGAGGUGGAGCUGCAGGUGCGCCGCCCGCCCAUCAUCUCCGACAACUCUACGCGCUCCAUCAUAGCCAGCGAGGGGGAGAGUGCCCAAAUGGAAUGCUACGCUGGCGGGUUCCCACUGCCGAAGAUCUCGUGGCGUCGCGAGAACAACGCCAUCCUGCCCACCGGUGGCUCCAUCUAUCGUGGAAACAUCCUCAAAAUCACGUCCAUCCACAAGGAAGACCGCGGGACGUACUACUGCGUGGCUGAGAACGGAGUCGGCAAGGGUGACCGGCGGAACAUCAACUUGGAGGUGGAGUUUGCGCCCGUCGUCACUGUACCUCGGCCUAGACUUGGACAGGCCCUCCAAUACGACAUGGACCUGGAGUGCCACGUGGAGGCUUACCCGCCGCCCGCCAUCACCUGGCUGAAGAACGAAGUGCAGCUGUCCAAUAACCAGCAUUAUAGGAUCUCCCACUUCGCCACCGCGGACGAGUUCACGGACACCACGCUCAGGGUGAUCACUAUCGAGAAACGUCAGUACGGGCUGUUCACUUGCAAGGCGCAGAACAAACUGGGCACCGACGAGGGCACUGUUGAGUUGUUUGAAACUAUAAUCCCGGUGUGCCCGCCCGCGUGUGGGCAGGCGCGGUACGGCGGCGCCACUAGUGUUAGCGCCUCAGAGUUUGUCGUGGCCUUCCUUGCGAUCUACGCGCUUUGGCUGAGAGUCGCUUAUACCAGAUAUUAACUACUCUGGCCUAAGAUUGGACCCGCAGAUCUACGGAAAUUCGGCGUCGCGGGUACAUAAUAUCAUGUCGUUCGGAACAUUUCUCACCACAUAUCUCCAAUAUAUCGUAUGUAGACAAUAAUUUAUGUGCACUGACGAAAAACAAAAUUAUAUUUUAAUUUAUAGAUCUGACAAGUAAUUAUACAGGAUUGUGUUUAUAACAGGGACCCAAAAACUUAAUUUUCAUCAAAUUUGAAAAAAAAACUUUUUUAUUUUCAUAAGAAAUAACCAUUAAAAAAUGUUAAAAGUCUACCUGUAUAAUUAAGCAAUUCUUCUAAAGACUGUACAAUCUAACUUUAUUAAAACAUCUGGAUCCAAAAAGAACAAUAAAAAUCGAAAUAUCCAAAUAUACUUUGUACUUUACCACCAUAUACCAAGGAAAAAAACAAAUCUUAAUUGCAACUACGUACAAAUGAAUCUAGUUUUAAAUAUAAUUAUUUAAUAUAUAUUUUAAUUAUAUAUGUGCAGAAUGUCAAGAUUUUUAUAUAGGAAAUGUUCUUUAGUUAUGAUAUUAAUAGUCUUCCUGGAUCUGUAGCCAAGUCACACAUCAUCUCUUUCUACAAGCGCUAACGCUUCGAAAGCUAAAAAUGUAUUUAAAUAACAUAUCCGUUUGACAGGUUGACCACGUGACCUAUCAGUAACGAAUGUCAUCUCCACAUAUUUUUUUGCUUAUCGAAGCGUUAGCAAAGAAAUGAUAAUUGUCGUGUUAACUUGCCACAUGGCUACAGAACACGUAGAUUCUGGUGGAUUCUACAAAUGCCAAAGCGUCGAAAAUUGAAAAAUGUAGGAGAAUGACAUUUACUUGGUCACGUGAUCAAGUUCGAUCGGAUCUGUCAUUCCCAUACAUUUUGUUAGUUUUCGAAGCGUUAGCGUUUGUAGAAAGAGAAUCGACGUGUCACAUGGCUAAAGCCUCUGAUUUGGAUUCAUCUAUCAAAAAUCCAUAUAUUCGCAAACUUAUAACUAUUGUACGAUCCAGUUUUAAUUACGUGUUCUGUUUUCUUUUCCUUAUAACUAUUAAAGCAAUUGUAGAGAUUUGAUUUGGCGAUUGUAGUUUUAAGUAGUUCGUAAACGGGCUAGUUUUUGUAUUCGUUAUAUGCGUUUUUCAGACGUGCUAUACAAACUUACUGCAGCAGUGUAGAAUGUCUUAGGUUCGGUUCCCGACAAGGGUCUAAUUAGUUUUUUUUAAUUGUUUUUCGGCCGCGGCUCGUUACCUCUAUCGGCUUUGUAGUACCAAUCAAGCGAAUUAAGCGUACGCUUACACUAUGUAUACCAGUGAGGAGUUGUAUACUCAGCGGCACAAUUAUCCACCCAUUUUAGUAUACUCGCGCAUAUUAAAGUGGGCGGAUAAUUGUGCCUCGUGAGUAUAUAAUUCAACUAUACUACGUGCUAUAUAGUCUUAGACUACAUCGUCACUUGAUACUGAGUGAAAUAGUAAUCGAGCGCUUUGAAGUUGAACAAAAAACAUUUCAUACUAAAAUUUUAUCAUAUUAUUUAGCCUUUUUACGAACAUUGUAAUAUAUUUUAGUAACUUUUCAUGAUGAACUCAAUAUCUCAUUUGAUUGCCAUUUUUAUUCAAUACCAAUGUUUUAUUCAUAGGCAGCUUGUAGCGUUUUAAAUAUAAUUACAUACAAUAUCUAUAAUAAAUAAGAAAAUUUUUAACGUAUGCAAUCCAAAAUGAGACAUUUUACAAAUGGAUUUAAUUAAUAAGAUAUUUUGAAAAUCAAUUAAUUAUUCUUAUAUCAGACAAAACUUUCAUACUUUGACUUGGAUAUUAAUUAAGUACUAGAAUAGUAGAAAUUUAUAGAGAUCUUUAAGAAACCCCUUUUUUAUAAUGUGUGUGUACUUUGUAUAUUUUUGUAUUGAUGGCAAUAUAGUAAUAGACAGAAUAGAUUUAGUCAAAUGCUGAUAAAUAAUAAAUAUUACAUUAUUCUUGAAUAAUAAUUACUUCUAGUUGCUGAAAAUCUCAUAAUCUUAGUUUAAGUUGUGGUUUUCCUAAAUAGGCUAGUAUUUUUGGCAGUUUUUCUCCAGUAAUUGUUUGAAAAAAGAGGGUAGAAUCUCAUAAUUUUGAUUUAAUUUUAUAAUUUAGAUGCCCUUAAAUGUCCUAGUUAAUAGUAAAAGAUGAUAAAUAAUAGGAAAAAAAUAAGAUUCAGUCUUGAAAAAUUAUUUUUAGGUACUAAAAAUGUCAGAAUCUUAUUUUAACUCGUGGUUUUCAUAAACAGGCUAGUUUUUAGCAGAAAAGAGGGUAGAAUCUCAAAAUGUUAAUUCAAUUUUAGAAUUUAGAUGCCAUUUAAUUUAAUUUGGAACUUUUUAAAUACAAUCUGAAUCUUUCAUUUUAUCUGAAUAAAUGGUAUUUACAAUGUAAUUUUUUUUAUACCAAUCUCGCUUCAAUUAACAUGAUACUUAUAAGAACUCACCAAUGUUCAGCAUUAAUGAAAGACUGGUUUUAUACCAAUUUUCGUAAGCAAUAAUAAUUUUGAAUGAUUAAAAGUAGUAACGAAAAUGUGUUCGUCUGUAACUUGUGUGUUAAUUCCAUCCAUUUUUUUUGUGUCUUAGUGUAAGUUUUUCUAUGUGUAUUGACAUACUAUUACUAUUUCGUCGAGUCUUCGACUGCGCAGUACAGUGGUGAGGGUAUGACGUCAGAAGGGGCGAUAGAGGCGCAUCCAUAGAUAAUAUACUAUGGAAGUCGUAGACAGAGAAGUCAAUUGACAACUAAUUAGCGUGGCGUUAUAUGUAAAAUAUAUACGAUUAUGACGGUAAGCGUAUGAUGUCAGAGGGGGCGAUUUUUUCAACACUUUUAGAAGAAAAUGGCUCAUUGGCGUGGCGUUUUAUAUAUACACGAUUAUAUGACAUCCCAAUACACAACACUGAACGUAUACAAAAGUAAUACAAUUACCUCGAAAAAGAGCACACAUGUUGUGUGAGCAAAGAAACAAGACAAGGCGACAACGAUGGUCCAAACGAGAAAAAACGCAUUGUGUGUUGAAUUACUGUGUCAAGUUGUUGUAAUUUAUGUCUGUCUAUUUAGUUAUCUGUCUACGAAGGAAGCAUUCUAUACUUAUUGCUAGACGCGCAUGGUUUUGCCUGCAUCUCUGUCGCUCUUCUCUACACCUCUGUACUGCGAGUUCGAAGACUCUGUGCGGGUUGCUAGUAGUUUUUUAACUUUGAUCUGAAUUUUAGAAAAAAUGUCUAUCUUUACUUAGUAAGUUAAUAUUUAAUUAAUUCCAACGUGCUGCAUUCCCAGUUAAUAAUUUUAAACAUUCGCUGCUUAAUGUGUUUUAAUGUGAAAUUCCGACUUAUUAUUAAAAUAGCACUAGCUUGCGAUUACCAGUGUUUUAUAGUGAUUUUGUUGCAAUAAAGGUUUUGAUAAAA